CGCUGAACACCGUCCUCAAGUCAGAGACGGACACCAAGACUUUAACUGUAAUACACAGGCCUUUACACACAGGAUCUGACGACAGGUCAGACCCAGAGAGUCUGGGACUGGGGAGACUGGGCUGUCCUCCUGCUCCCGGCUCAGAGUAUUUACUUUAUGGUAACCGAAGCCUGGUUCAUUCCCAUCGGGUCUCAGGUGACGCGUUAGAAACGGGCAAUUAUCUAUCUCUCUCUUACCCUACAGAGAUGGACCCUGGCAACAUAUCCAUGGGUUUAGAGAGACAGGCUGAUCCGUCUAGAGGGGACUGGAACCGAUACAGUAGUAGUGUAUACUCUGAGGGGUGCCUAGAUAAGAAAGGGGAAGGUCUGGUCGAAGAUGAAGUGACUGUGAAAGUGGAGGGCGACUUUCCUCCCACAUGGAAUGCAGCUUGUCACCUAGGAGAUGGAUUCUCACAGGGCAGAGAUUUCUUAGAUUACAGUUUAAAGACCAAUCUAAAUGUCCCGACCCACUCCCCUUUACACGCGCUCAGGGAUCGCGGCCCAGUGUCCACGUCGAUGGCGCCUUCCGAUUUACAAGGCCGCGUCCUUUUUGAUCAGGUAUUGAACUCUAACGACAUGGCUAGAGUCCAGACUCAGGGAAAGGGAGCCACAUCAGGCAGUAGUAAAGAGAAACGGUUCCUCUGCAUGUUCUGUAACAAAGCCUUCAGCUGCACCCAGAAGGUAGAGAUCCACCAGAGGAUCCACACAGGGGUGAAACCCUUUAGCUGUACCCAGUGUCACAUGCGCUUUUCCCAGGCUGGCCACCUGAAGAGGCACCAGAGGGUCCACACAGGGGUGAAACCCUUCAGCUGUACCCAGUGUCAAAUGCGCUUUGCCCAGGCUGGUGACCUGAAGAGGCACCAGAGGGUCCACACAGGGGAGAAACCCUUCUGCUGCCAGCUGUGUGAGAAGAGGUUCUCCCGCCAGCACCAGCUGAAGAUGCACCUGAAGAUCCACACGGGAGAGAGGCCAUUCUCCUGAAGGCAUAUAUAGAUUUCCGUGUUGAAUAUUGCUGGGUAGAAUAUUUCAUCCAGACAAUGUGUGAUAUAAGGCAUACAUAUAUACACACACACUGAAUCGUAUAGGAACCCAGAAAGUGGUCAACAAAUCAAAGUAGCUGCCCUCUGCCUUGAUGACAGCUUUGGCAUUCUUUCAACCAGCUUCACCUAGAAUGCUUUUCCAACAGUCUUGAAGGACUUCCCACAUAAGCGUAGCACUUGUUGGCUGCUUUUCUUUCACUCUACAGUCCAGUUCAUCCCAAUUGGUUAGAGGUCAGGUGAUUGUGGAGGCCAGGUCAUCUGAUGCAGCACUCCAUCACUCUCCUCCUUGGUCAAAUAGCCCUUACACAGCCUGGAGGUGUGUUGGGUCAUUGUCCUUUUGAAAAAGAAAUGAUAGUCCCUCCUAAGCACAAACCAGAUGGGAUGGCGUAUCGUAGCAGAAUGCUGUGGUAGCCAUGCUGGUUAAGGGUGGUUUGAAUUCUAAAUAAAUCACACCACUUCCUCCAUGCUCCAGUGGGAACUACACAUGCAGAGAUCAUCCGUUCACCGACUCUGCGUCUCACAGACACAGCGGUAGGAGCCAAUCUCAAAUUUGGACUCAUCAGACCAAAUGACAGAUUUCCACCAGUCUAAUGUCCAUUGCUCGUGUUUCUUGGCCCAAGCAAGUCUUCUUAUUGGUGUCCUUUAGUAGUGGUUUAUUUUCAGCAAUUCGACCAUGAAGGCCUGAUUCACACAGUCUCCUCUGAACAGUUGAUGUUGAAAGGUGUCUGUUACUUGAACUCUGUGAAGCAUUUAUUUGGGCUGCAAUUUCUGAGGCUGGUAACUAAUGAACUUAUCCUCUGUAUUCUGCCCUUGAGUUAUCUUCGAACAGGAUGGCAGCACACUCUGCAACAGAGGUAACACUGGGUCUUGAAGAAAACGUUCAAAGUUCUUGAAAUUUUCCGGAUUGACUGACCUUUAUUUUAAAGCAAUGACGGACUGUUGUUUCUCUUUGCUUAUUUGAGAUAGCCCUAUUUGGUAAAAUACCAAGUCCAUCUUCUGUAUACCACCCCUACCUUGUCACAACACAACUGAUUAGCUCAAACACAUUAAGGAAAGAAAUGUCACAAAUUAACUUUUAACAAGGCAUACCUGUUAAUUUAAAUGCAUUCCAGGUGACUAC